AUGUCAGAGUCUCCACAGCUCAGAAAUGAAAGUAUCAAAUUUGAGUGUUUGGCAGGCCGUAUGAUGCAAGUUGAAGGAAAAGUAAAGCCAGAUCAGAGGAAGGGAAAAAUAAGACUUAGUUUAGAUGAUCAAGGGAUGAUGCAUUUUCAAUGGAUUGAUCUGGCUACUGGGAACAUUGAAGAAGAUAUAGUAGUAUUUACUUUUGAUGGAUUCUAUAAAGUUUUACAGACAAAAAGUAGAGUUUAUUUGCUUGAAUACUCUGGAGAAAGAGCCUUCUAUUGGUUUCAAGAACCAGAUCCUUCAAAAGAUCUAGACAUCUGCAAAUCUAUUGACGACCUCAUAAAAAAUCAAGAAAUCAACGAUGAUCCUGAGCCCGCUUCAAUUCCAGAGCCUCAAAGACCUCAGCCCGACAACGCGAAUCCUCUAGCUAAAAUUUUAGCCCAAUUUUCUCAAGGACGUAUCGAGCAUACCCCAUCCCUUGAUAAAAUUCUGACCCCAGAAGUCCUCGAUUCUCUUUCUCAAGACCCUGAAUUUCAAGAAGUUUUAAUCCCGUAUCCUUUACUCAGAUAUUUACCUGAAGGACAAAAUUCAGCUGAUUUUUUACGAGAAAAUCUCCUUACUCCCCCCCUUCGUGAGUGAACAAAACCAUUAGAAAAAUCGCUAUUUUUUGCCCAAAAGUGAACAAAAAUUUUUUUAAUAGAAAAUUUUUUUUAUGAAAAAAAAAAAUUUGAGAUAUAAGUGAUAUUUAGUAUAAUGAAAUCUAGAGCUGAUUCUGUUUAAUUUAAACGAAUUGCUUUUUUAAAACAUAAAUUUUAUAUAUUUGCUUUCAAAUUUUGCGAAUUAGGAUUUUUUUUAAAUUUCGAAAAAAAAAUAUUUUUAUAAAAAUUUAUAUAUAAAUUUUUUUAAAAAAAAAAUUAACCCCCCUCCGUGAUUGAACAAAAUUUUUUUGUUCACUCACGAAGGGGGGGAGUUAGCCCUCAGCUUCAGCAAGCUUUAAAAGUGAUUUCUGCUGCAAUAAAUAGCGAAGCAGGACUUGCUGUGAUAAGUUCAUUAGGACUUCAUCAAUACAUUCCUCCCAUGAAUGAAUACGGAGAUUGUAAGAAUUAUUUAGUUAUCGAUGCUUUGAUUAAAGCUAUACAAAGGAAAGCAGACGCAAACAGAAGGGAAUAA